AUGUCUGAGUCUGGCACUGCCGGUCCGGUUGACAUCGAGGACCCGAAUAGGAAACCCACAUCGCCGGAAAAGUCCACAAAUGGGAACGAAACCUCGAGAUGGGUCAAGUUCGAUGGAGGUGAAGACAAGGAGGCGGCGACAAUCCAACCUACCCUGAUGGAGGUUAUUGCAGUCAAGGAGACAGGCGACAAAAAAGCCAAAGACCGGGUUGCUCAAUCGGCCAUUCGGAUCGAUCCAGCGGUUCUCAGACCAUCUCCUCCUCGAAGUCCCGUCAUCCAGGCUCCACCGAUGUCUUCGCCUUACAAUAUCGGACUUUCCGCAUUGAAGAGUAAAGAAGAUGCGGAGGAUAAGCUCGUCAACGGUGAUGUCAUAUGUACGGUCCUGCCGACGAAUAAGAGUUGUGCCUGGGUGACGCGCGCCAAAUUUCAGCCAAACUUGGUCCCCGAAGAAAUCAUGGAUACGAGUCUAACCAUCACCGUAGAAGAUUAUGUUCUCGCACUCCAAGUUCUGACAAACGACUUGAGGUUUACCUUGUAUAAUGUGUUCUACAAACGGAUUCUUCUCUUGUGGAUGAUGCUGGGCUUUGUCAUUCUGAUCAGUCUUCUUUUCACUGGCACGAAGGGCUUGGCUCUAUUCGCGGGCGGAGUGCUCUGGCUCGUUGUGAACGCAACAGGCAUCUUCGUUUGCAUGUGGCUCAAAUUCAAGCUCUAUCACUUAUUAGAGAGAUGUAUGGCUCAUGUGAACACCAUACUCCUCAAGCAUAACAUCAUACUCGGUCUUGAUGAUCGCGGGAAGCUAUCGUGCCACAAAGUUCAUCUCAUAUUCAUCAAUUUCGAAACGGAACCUUGUCUCAAAUAUUUAGCCUCGAUGCUCGAGAACCAAGAGAAGGCCGAUUCGAUAAAUCAGCCGAUGGAUAAUCCUAUAGUACGAUCGAGGAUGGAUCUUGAUCACGAUGAUAUUAUUAUCACGAGAGGCUCCGCCACGGAACGCGUUACCCGAACAGAAAAAACCGCGGAGAAGCUCUUCCUGCGAUACAGUCAACGCUGGGUCAAGGAAUUCGUACGCAAGCGAUUGGACUUGAGCGUUCCCGUACAUCCGGACGGAUUUUCCGAGCCGGCGCCUCCAGCGCCCCCAAGACACUGCGCGAUGGCACGUUGUCCCUGCCAAUUUAUAGAGGAGCAUCUACGAUUCAAACCCCUCACCAAAUGCAGUUGGUCGGAGUUGUGUUGUUAG